AUGGCGAAAAUUAUUUCAACAAUUAAGGCGACACUAACGCGUAUUAUUUUCAGUGCCCACAGUAUUAUAGCGAUAUAUCAAGUGGUCGAAAAUAAGAAUGACAUUAUCUAUUGGUCCUUGACGGCUCCUCUAUUAUUACUACUCUUUGAGGGUAUAUUCACCAUAUUUAUUAAAAAGACCCAGGAAUGGAGAUGGUUUUGCCCUUCAGUAUUCCUGUACUUAGCCAGUAUUGUGCCAGCAAUAUGGCUAUUGGAAUUCGACAAAGUCGAUAGACGUUUGAGUGAUCUGAAGAGUUCGGAAGCCAAUGAUACCGCCGAUUCACCCAUAACGGAUGUCCUUGGUGUGCCAAAAAUUAACAAAGACACUUGGAUAACAUUAAUUGAACAGUUUUUAAUGUUAAUACUCAUAGUGGGUAGAUGGAUGUUACCAAAGGGAGAUCUCACUAGAGAUCAGUUAAGUCAGCUGUUGUUGGUAUAUAUAGGUACCGCUGCAGAUAUUAUAGAAUUUUUUGAUUCGUACAAAGAUGAAUCGAUAGCUAGAAUAAACUUAUUGGUAUAUUUAACUUUGGGCAUUUGGUCCUGGAGUCUAUUACAAUUUACUAUAGUUUUAUCAGCGACUAGAGCACGAAGAUCGCGGGGCGGAGGUUCAAAUCAUAAAGAUGAGCCACCCACGGAUUGUUGUAAUAAUUGUUGUUGUGGCAUUGAUGUUUGGGGCAUUGUACUCAAUGUUAUAUUACAGGAUGCACCAUUUUUAACAUUUCGUUUGCUCAUUAUUUUCCAAUAUGAUAUUAUUAGUUAUAUGAAUGUUUUCUUUACUUGUAAAAAUUCCUUAGUUAUCGUUUUACAACUGUAUCGUUUGUACGUUGUAAAUGCUGAAUUUUGGAAAAGUCGUCGAGAACUGAAAGUUGCUGCCAAGCAACGUCAAUAUAAAUCAAAGCGUCGCAAUACUGAUGAUCCGAAUGGUAUUUAUAUGAUCUCCUCGGAUCGUGGAACUGAAAUGAGACGAAAAAUUAAGAGAGCCAAAGAAUAUUCCGAUGACGAGGUUGUCUAUAAAAAGAAGGCCAAAAAGGAUAAGUUAAAACGCAAACGUAAGGAUACUGGAUAUUCCACGGCCAGUUCACAAAAUCUUUACUCUACUAAAGGUGAACAGGAGAAGGGAGCACGAAGAAAGGAUAAAAAGGUCAAGAAAAGCAAACGAGAUCGCAGUAAAUCACCUUGCAGUAGUGAUGUUGUAGAGGCACGAAAGUCUAAACAUGCCAAAAAGUCCGAUAAGUCAGAUAAAAAAAAGUCGAAAAGGAUUGAUGCCGUUAUCGAAGAAUCUAGUAGUACCGGCAACUCGUCUGAUUCUAGCAACUCAACUCUACCCAGUUAUGAGGUCAUCAAUGAAAAGAAAUCCAAAUCGAAACGACGUAAACGCAAUUCAAGUUCCUCCUCAUCAAGCACAGAUACUUCCGACAGUUCGUCUUCGGAAUCUUAA